AUGGAGACAUCAGAGACGGAGAGAUCGGCAGUCCUGCCUGUGCCAUUGCUCCCUCAGCUGAGCAUGCUCCGAUCUGCUGGUGGCUCCACCUGUCUUGGGACAGAAAAGGAGGACAUCUUCUGCACCUACUUCAACUUCCAUAAGGAUCGCUUCACGUUUGCUUUUAACAUGCCAAGUUUAAUUGGAGAUAAAGGUUUGACUUUACACAAAGGCUGUUUUCAGGACAGAGUUGACUGCCUCCAGCAGGUCGGGAAGCUAUCUGUGGCAAAGCCUGGUGCCAUUUCGAUGACCUUGGGACCUCCUGCGAGGCUUCGCCGCACCACGUCCCGACACGUGCCGACCCGCCUCCUGCUGCUGUGGGAGCGUCGGGCGGACACGGCCCCGGCCCCGCCCCCGCCCCGGCCCCCGCCCGAGGGUGCUGAGGCCCGGCGCGCCCGGUCUCACUGUCCGCAGCGCCCUGCCCGGAGCCCCCGCGCCCGCGCCACAGUCCGGCCCCACGGCCCCACGGCCCCACGGCCCCACGGGGAGGUCCCUCAGGAUCUGGAAAACUGCCCCGAGCCCCUCCGGCGGCGGCUGCGGGAGGGGCGCUCGGCGGCCCGGCUGCUCCCUCCCGGCGACCGCCCGCUCCGCGCACGAGCGCGCGUCCGGAAGCGAGCCCCGGCGCUGGGCGGCGCCUGCGAGCGGCCUCGGGGCGGGCUCGGGGCGGGCUCGGGGCGGGCCUGGGCCUCGCUUCCCGCGGCGGCGGCGGCGGCGGCGGCGGCGCCCACCCCGGCCCGGGCCCGGGAGCGCCGAGAGCCAUCCCGCGACGACGCGAGCCCGCCGGACGGGGCCCGGGAGCCGCUCCGGGGCCUGCGCGAGCAGCUGAGGGCGGCCGCCGCCCUGUCCCGGCGCUACUGGGCGCUCCUGCGCUGCCGCGUGUGGCCCGACGACUGCGAGCGCGACGCGGAGGCGCCCCCGGGCUGGAGCCUUCCCCUGUUGGGCCAGCAGUACCUGGCCAUCCUGACCUCGUGGUACUGCAGCUUCCAGGAUUGCUGCGACAGUGAGGACUGCAGGAUCUCCAACAACUUCACAGGCCUAGAAUCGGACCUGAGCAUACGACUGCACGGCCAGCAUCUGGCCCGGGAGCUGGUCCUGACCGCAGUGAAGGGCUACCUGGAGCUGCCCCGGCCAGACAAGGCCCUGGCACUGUCCUUCCACGGCUGGUCUGGCACAGGCAAGAACUUCGUGGCGCGGUUGCUGGCAGAGAACCUGUACCGGGACGGGCAGAGGAGUGACUGUGUCAAGAUGUUCAUCGCCACCUUCCACUUUCCUCACCCGAAGUACGUGGACCUGUACAAGGAGCAGCUAACGACUCAGAUCAAGAAGACGCAGGAGCGCUGCCACCAGACCCUGUUCAUUUUCGAUGAAGCCGAGAAGCUGCAUCCAGGACUGCUGGAGGUCCUCCGGCCACACCUGGAACACCAGGCUCCCGAGAACCACAGGGCUAAGUCCCGGAAAACCAUCUUUCUUUUUCUCAGUAACCUUGGCGGCAAUAUCGUCAAUGAGGCUGUUCUGAAUCUGCUUCAGGCCGGAGGGUCCCGGGAAGAAAUAAAAUUGGAACACCUGGUGCCCCGGCUUCGGGCCGAGAUCGAGCAGUCCACAGAUAGUGGCUUUGGCCAUAGCUGUCUUGUCAAGGAGAACCUGAUUGACUUCUUCGUCCCCUUCCUGCCCCUGGAGUACCGCCAUGUGAGGCUGUGUGCACGUGACGCUUUCCUGAGCCAGGAGCUCCUGUACACAGAAGAGGCACUGGAUCAAAUUGCCAAGAUGAUGGUGUAUGUCCCCAAGGAGGAACAACUCUUCUCUUCUCAGGGCUGCAAAUCUAUUUCCCAGAGAAUUAACUACUUCCUGCCUUGAGGGCUAGAGGAAGACUUCCUGAAGCUGCCUGCCUUCAGCUCACAGGACCCUGGGGCCUGUCAGGGCACUGUCUGGGACUAGGAGGGCAGGAGGGGCGGGGUGGCCUCCAGCCGUCACACACAGAAGGUGUAUAAAAAGGAAGGCCUUCAAUCAGAAGCAGAGCCAAUGUUUUAAAUCACUUGGUGCCUUAAAGAGCCACAUUCCAAAAUGCGGGCCAGGUGGUUGGAGAAAACCACAUGCAAGAUAAAUCCCAAGGACUUACUAGCAUCUCAGUUCUUGCUUGCAGAUGCCUGGACUUGGGUGUGAGGCCUGAGGUUGGAGGACCCUUGCUGACAGGAAAGGGAAAAUUCAGUUCUGCUUACGAGUGGCAGGCUGUGCACCUCAGGUUUGCAGGGCAGGUGGGUCAGCUUCAAGUUGUCGCCAAAGGGAAGCUGAGCAGCUUCUGUCCGUGAGCAGAAGAUCAGCAAAGAGCCUCAGGCUGAAGAAAGGGUACGUGGAGGAAGAAUAUAUACACAGGUCAGUGUAGGUUAAGACUUGUUCUCUUGUAGAUUUAAAAGAAAAAUUUAAGCUAGGGGCUUUGACACGGCUGUGUCACAUGUAAGGAUUAAAUUUUGUAUUUUUCUAAAA